UGUUAUCUCCUUCUCGUCCUUCCUGUUGUGUGUCGAAUUGAUUUCCUGAACACCUCCUCUCCUCUUCUAUCCAAACAAACAGCUCCCUACAGCUUCCCUUCAUCGCGAGCCAAGCUGGUCCCUGGCCAAUUGUUGACCCCGCCAUAGUCAUCUCGAGCUCUUCUACCCCACCUCAACAGAUAAAACAGUCAAGAUGGUUAAAGCUGUCGUUGCCGGAGCCGCUGGCGGUAUUGGCCAGCCGCUAUCUCUCCUCCUCAAGCUAUGUCCUCUUGUUGAUGAGCUUGCUCUUUACGAUGUCGUACCGGCCACUGUCGGCGUUGCUACUGAUCUAUCGCACAUUUCCACCACCGCCAAAGUGACCUCCUACCUGCCCAAGGAUGAUGGCGGAAAGGCCGCAAUGAAAGAUGCUGACAUUAUUGUCAUCCCUGCUGGUAUUCCCCGAAAACCCGGCAUGACCCGUGACGACCUGUUCAAGAUCAACGCUGGUAUCGUCAAGGGAUUGAUUGAGAUUGCUGCCGAAGUCGCCCCUAAAGCCUUUAUUCUCGUCAUCUCUAACCCCGUCAACUCUACCGUGCCUAUUGCCGCCGAGACUCUCAAGGCCAAGGGCGUCUUCGACCCCAAGAAGCUCUUCGGUGUCACCACCCUCGACAUCGUCCGAGCUGAGACCUUCGUCGCCGAGCUCACUGGCACAAAGACUGGCUCAGACCUGACCAUCCCCGUCGUUGGAGGUCACUCUGGCGAUACCAUCCUCCCCCUCUUCAGCAAGGCUAGCCCCAAGGUCAACAUUCCAGAUGACAAGUAUGAUGCUCUCGUCAAACGUGUCCAGUUCGGUGGCGAUGAGGUCGUCAAGGCCAAGGAACAAGGUGGCGGUGGCUCUGCUACCCUAUCCAUGGCUUUUGCUGGUUACCGCUUUGCCGAGAAGGUCUUGAAGGCUGUUAAGGGCGAGAAGGGCCUUGUCGAGCCCAGCUAUGUCUACCUACCCGGUGUUCCAGGAGGUGACGCAAUCAAGCAGGCCACUGGCUUGGACUUCUUCUCUGUUCCAGUCGAGCUUGGCCCCAACGGUGUCGAGAGCGUCACCAACCCUCUCACCGACCUCACUGACAAAGAGAAGGGUCUGCUAGAGGUCUGCCUUAAGGACCUGAAGGGUAACAUUGAGAAGGGCGUCACCUUCGCCACCACCCCGGCUGAAAAGUAAAUCUUCCCCUUCCUUGAAUGCUAUGAGAUAUGAUAUGGAAUGAUGUUGCUGCUAUGUGGCGUAUGGCAUAGGUUUCUCGCUUUCGUGCUGGGAUUUCUUUUUGUCUUUGCCUGUGUUUAGAUGGGGAGGAACUACACCUAACCUACAUACACUGCGAGCCGUCAGCAACUAUGACGAAUGGUUUUUCUCUUCUUGGCGUGAUCUGUAGAGAAAGAACAGAAAAAAAAGAGGACUUAAAGAGAGGCCAUAAAGUUUUUAAGACAGCAAAGAACACAAGCCAAGAGUCACGCGAUUGUAAAUUUACAAUACAAUUUGAGGAAUCAAGAAUCGACUGACUGAUCGCUUGCGUCUUUAUUAUA